AUGGAUCGUUCUAAGAAGCCCGCUGCCAUCGGUGUGGGCGCGUCUCUCCCGCAGCCUAGCAUCGCUAUUAAGGAUAACACUAUCUCGGCCAGCCUGCCCUCCGGCGAGUCCGUCACCAUCCAUCUCUACGGCGCUACAGUCACCUCAUGGAAGGCCAAUGGUCAGGAACAGCUCUUCGUGAGCCAAAAGGCCCAUCUGGACGGCUCUAAGCCUAUUCGCGGAGGUAUUCCGCUCGUUUUCCCGUUUCUCGGAAAGUCUUCCUCCGAAUCAGCCGAAACCGCUGGUCAGGAGAAGGCCGAUCUAGCCGUGAAGCUGGAUUUCGGAUUGUCGCAUACCAUGUUGACUGAAGAGUUCCGCAAGGCCUGGCCCCUCGAGUUUGGUCUUGUAUACAGUGUUACCCUCACCAAGGAUACGCUAGAGACAUCGCUGCAGGUUCGCAACGAGGGAACCCAGAACUUCGAGUUCCAGGUCCUCAUGCACACCUACUUCAACAUCGAUAACAUCUCGAACGUCCGCGUCAAGGGCCUCGACUCCAAGACCUACGUCGACAAGACUCGCAACGCAACCUCGCACACCGAGACAUCCGCCGCGCUGGCAAUUACGGAAGAAACCGACCGUGUCUACAAAGAGCUGGACCCCGCAGUACCCGUUAUCAUCUCAUCUGCCGACGACGACAAGCCAAUCUUCUCACUCACCCGCAAGGCCCUCACUGACGUUGUUGUCUGGAAUCCCUGGAUCGAGAAGGCCAAGGGUAUGGCGGACUUCGGCCCGGAUGAGGCCUACCAGAAUAUGCUUUGCGUAGAAGCUGGCGCGGUCUCUGGCUGGCAGACUCUUGAGGCCGGAGAGGCUUGGGAGGGCGGUCAAAUUAUUAAGUCCCGUCUGUGA